UACGCUUUGCUUUGUUUGUGUGUUUUUUUGUUUCUGUCUUUUUUCUGUUUUUUUUUUGCUCGUAAUACAUUCGAUUAGUCAUAUGUUCGCCUGAUCACUCAUUCCCAUUCUCGGGUUCAAUGCAUCUCUUUGUUAUUCGGCGAUCCUCGUUUUCUGUGUCGAUCUUUUUUCCGAUGAAGUAUAGUUAAUCCUGCUUCGAAUUCAGAUCAAUUUUAUGAAACUAAGCUAUUAUUGGGUUUCUUUUAGUGCAUCUUAUGCAUUUGUAGGAGCACAAGUGAUUUCAAGAACUGAUUUCUUCGGAUAAAAAUCUCCCAAGAUGACGAAAGUGUGUCCUGAAAUCGAGGAAAGGACAAUGUCUGAAGCAAUUCUUCCAGUAUCAGCGGACGUGAGUUUUGUUUCUAAUCAUUUUCCGAAGUACAAGUUGGGGUCUGAUAAUCAGAUUGUGGAAGAACCCAAGGAAGACGAAAAGGGCCCGUCUGUGAAGGAAGUCGUCGAGGAGGAGACCGAACAGCUGUCUGAACAGCACAAGCGCCUGUCUGUUCGAGAUCUCGCCAGUAAAUUCGACAAGAACUUGGCUUCUGCUGUUAAUCUGACCGACGAGGCAAAGCUGAGAGAGGUGGCUUCUUUGGAGGGACAUGUCAUGUUGAAGAAACUGAGGGAUGCUUUAGAAUCUCUGAGAGGCCGAAUGGCCGGGCGAAACAAGGAAGAUGUGGAGAAAGCCAUCUCCAUGGUCGAGGCUCUGGCCGUCAAGUUGACCCAGAACGAAGGCGAACUGAUUCAAGAAAAGUUCGAAGUGAAAAAACUGGCAAACUUCCUCAAGCAGGCUUCAGAAGAUGCAAAGAAGCUGGUAAACCAGGAAAAGUCAUUUGCUUGUGCCGAAAUCGAAAGUGCGCGGGCCGUUGUUCAGAGGCUCGGAGAGGCCUUUGAGGAACAAGAGCGAAAUUCUGAAGCUUCUCGAACUCAGGGACCUGAUGUGGAGAAACUUGUAGAGGAGGUUCAGGAGGCUAGACGGAUCAAAAGGAUGCAUCAGCCAACCAAGGUGAUGGAUAUGCAACAUGAGCUUCAUGCUUUAAGAAAUCAAAUCCGAGAAAAGUCUGUUACUUCUGUUAAGCUUCAGAAGGAGAUUUCAAUCGUCAAGAGAGCCGAGGAGUCCAAGUCUCAUCCAUAUGCUCUGGACGGUGCACAAACUCUCGGCUCGUGCUUGAGAAUUCGUGCCUGCUCAGAUAGUUCUCCAAAUCUUUCCAACUGCUCGGUCCAGUGGUACCGUGCCGCAUCUGAGACUAGUAGAAGGGAAGCUAUAUCCGGUGCCAACCAAUUGGUAUAUGCUCCAGAGCCAUUUGACGUUAGUCGGGUUCUUCAGGCAGACGUUUGUUUUAACGGGCAGAAAGUCACCUUAACCACUGAUGGUCCCAUCGAUUCUGCUGCUGGAUUGCAAUCCCACGUCGAGGCACUCAUGCGCAAAUCUCACAGUGAAUUCAACGUGGUGAUUUCACAGAUGAAUGGCCAGGACAAUGCAUCAAGAUCGAACCAUGUCCUUAGCAUCGGAAAGAUGAGGAUAAAGCUGUGUAGGGGAUGGAUCACUAAGUCCAGAGAGAUAUACUCCACCUCCAUGCAGUUAUGUGGGGCGAGAAGCAAGGUUAAUGCACCGGCAAAGGCAUUGUUAUGGCAACCCCGAAAGGGACUGACCUUCGUACUAACCUUCGAGUCGGAGCAAGAUCGUAACGCGGCCAUAGUCCUCGCCCGGAAAUACGCCUUUGAUUGCAAUGUCACAUUGGUGGGACCAGACGACUGAGCAUUGAGAUGAAGCCAUUGUUAUUAACCAGCUGAUGUGUUUUUACUAUUCUGCCAUUUUGUGUGUGAAGUCAUCUUCCUUCUUCCCACCAUGGCUAAGAGAAGAAGGUGCAAGAGUUUGGCAUCUCCACUGAUCCUUUGUCCGUUGCUGCAUAGUUUUUAGGCAGCGGCCUCUUCUGUUCCCACUUUCGCAUGGUUGCCAUUUUUUCUUCCUCAUUUGAUUGGUUUGUUUGAUUGUUGUUUCCUCUCUUUUUUUUUCCUUUGUUGUUGUCAUCAAGUCAACAUUGCUAAUCAGCUUCAUCAGUGUGAGAUUUGAAUUCAGAUUGUGUGUAUUA